GCUCGAGCGAGCACCAGCUGCUCCGCGAAUUAUUUUACUAUUGAACGCUUGCAAGCGCCCACUUUAAAAUCCAAGAUGGCGUCGAAUAACACAGACUUAGAAAACGUUAUAUUACAAGUUGUAUUUGAUGAGUUAGGAGAUAAUAUGGAAAUAAAUCAAAGUGACCCUGUUGCCGAGGCUCUUGCUUUACGGACAAGAAAACGAGCUGUAUUGCUUGGAACUGCAAGAAUUUCAAAUUAUGUGGAAGAAACUGUGCCGAGAUACAGCGAUCCAUUGUUUCGAGCACAUUUCUGUAUGACAAGAACGUCAUUUCAAUCCCUUUUGGAGCUGAUUGGACCUUUUACUGUGGUGAGGUCAUUGAGCCUUGAACGGAGAACAUUGGCCUGCCUUUGGUACCUGAGUAACCAAGAAACCUUCCGCAGUGUUGCUGAUCGCUUUGGCAUGAGUAAAGGCUCUCUACAUUAUUACUUGGGAAAUUUUUGCAAUACACUGAGUAGUGCAAACAUUCUCCCCAAACUUAUAUCUUGGCCCGACAAACGACAAUAUGGAGAUAUUGCAGAUGGGUUUGCCCAGCGACAGGGUUUCCCGGGGGUAAUUGGUGCCAUUGAUGGGACGUACAUUCCAAUAACAGGACCUACUGAAUUUAGGGAUUCAUAUAUAUGUCGCAAAGGAUUUCCUGCAUUUCAUCUUCAGGGUGUAUGUGACAGCUCUCUGAAAUUUCUGGAUGUGUACUCUGCAUACCCUGGAUCAGUCCAUGACGCAAGAGUUUUUAGGAAUAGUACCUUGCAUGACUAUUUGCAAAUGGACUGUCCACAAGCAUUCCACCUUUUAGGGGAUUCAGCUUAUAGCUUGUCAUCAUUUUUACUAGUGCCAUUUCGAGACAACGGCCAUCUUACCAGUGAGCAAAAGAAAUUUAAUUUUGCCCUCAGUUCUACUAGGGUGGAUAUAGAAAGGUGUUUUGGAUUAUUAAAAGGAAAGUUUCGCAAAUUAAAGUUUUUGGAUGUGACGAAAGUUACAAUGAUUCCCAAUAUUAUUAUCAGUUGCUGUGUUCUUCACAACUUCAUCUUAAUACAGGAAUCUUAUGUUGAAAAAGAUAUCCUACAUAAUGAUGAUGAUGAUGCAAGAGCUGGCAAUCCAAAUUUGGAAGAAACAUGUACUACAGGGACAGUUAAGCGGAAUGACAUUAUGAACUUGCUAGCAUAAAUUGGUUCAGUUAAUUUCUUUCUAGCAGAGGUUAAUCAGUUUUUUUCAGAGGAGAGCAUUCUUGUAACUAAUUGAAGUGAUGUUAUUGUGAACCAAGUCCUGUUCAUUUUCAUGAACAUUAUUUCUUAUAGAAAGCAAGGAAUACAAAAUAAGAUUGAAGAAUUUAUUUGACAAAUGAUAUUGAAUUAAACUUACAGAUAUUGUUUAAUAAAAUAUUCAUAACAAAAUACGAGUUUUUUUAUUUCAUAACUAUACUAAAAUGAGUAACAUCAAGAGCCACUGCAAGCGGGGCCAAUCUGUCCACAAAUAACAAAUGAGCCGCGUCACGACAAAACCAACAUAAUGGGUUUGCGACCAGCAUGGAUCCAGACCAGCCUGCGCAUCCGAGCAGUCCGAUCAGGAUCUAUGCUGUUCGCAUACAGACCCUAUAACAAGUAGACAGACUGAUAG